AUGAACCUCACCCUUUGUGGGAAGGUGAAUAGGUUUAGUAGCGCCGACAUUGGUUCUCAGCCAAUAACCGCCAUGACGUCGAACGUGAAACCCCAUCCUCUACCAUUUAACGAAACUCUUCGCGACCUCGCUUUACUUAGAGCCUCUGAUAUUGAUUUCUCGUCCAUAUUACCACCGUCCAAUGCAUCUGAAGAAACGUCUGACGCCGAUAAAGAUGUGGAUGCGACCCUCCAGCGGUCUUAUGAGUUUGUGAAGGAAGCUCGAGCAGCUCUCAAAAUCUUGAACAGAGGGGAUGUGGACACACAGGGUGCCCGUGUAGAAGAUGUGAGAAGCAGGCUUGAAGACAUGCUGCAAGGGUUGGACAGUGCGCGGUCGCAACAUAAGCCAUAGCACUCUCUUUCUCUUCCCAUGCAGUAGUUCUUCAGGGUCUUUGAAACGAUAUCAUGGCGAAUCCAAACUUGACGCCUAGGGAUGGGUAUGCAUCAUAUCUUAGUCUUCUUUACAUCGGAUUUGAAGGAAGGCCGUCGAUGCUCUUUCGUUCAAGUUGGUACAACACGCAUAGUAUAUCUCCAAGGUUGACGUACAUCGCGAUCAAUGCAGUAGGGCCAAAGAUAUCCAAUAUAUAUUAUACAAUCAUGUGCAUGAAUGCUCUACAGGUUGCUUGUUUUAUGUAUGAAAAGACGUAAACC